AUGGCAGCCUCCAGUAUCCUGCGAACAGACCGCCGACGGCAACCAAACACGCCAAACUCGCGGAGCGUGGGAGUUCCUCGUACUAGUGCGGGACAACUUGGUGCGUCGUACUAUUCGAGUGGGCCGCUGUAUCGCUUCGAAGAACCACAGACACCCUUCAAGGUGCUCAUUCUCGGCGGCUCGUACGCCGGUCUCUCCGCGGCACUGAACCUCGUUGAUUUCUGCCACGGACGCAAGAAUCGGUUCUCAAUUGAUGAGGCAGAUAAUGGGACUGGGAAGGUGAUUCCAGUGCAGGUCACUAUUGUUGAUCCGCGAGAUGGAUUCUACCACUUAAUCGGCCAACCCCUUGCCCUGUCUUCACAAAAGUUUGCCGAAGCCUUCUGGACUAAAUACACCGACCUCGCUGCCCUCCAAACACCAGAGAUCCGCACAGUCCAGGGCUCAAUUGAGACGGUCGACUGCGCGUCCAAGACUGCCACAAUCACCACGGCCAAAGGAGCCAUCCACGAAUCCUACGACUACCUCAUCACAGCUACGGGCUUGCAGCGCGAGUACCCUAGUGCUCCACGAUCUCUUAAGAGGGAGAAGUAUCUCGCUGAGACAGCAGAGAACCUCGCCAACGUCCGAGACGCGUCCAAGGGCGUUGUCGUUAUCGGUGGUGGCGCCGUCGGCAUCGAAAUCGCCGCCGAGAUAAACAUGCUCCACCCGCAAAUCCCCGUAACCCUAGUCCACUCACGAACACGCCUCCUCUCCUCCGAAUCCCUCCCCGAUGAGUUCGCCGCGCGAGCCCUCGAAAUCCUCCACGAGAACAAAAUCUCCACCAUCCUCGGCGCCCGCGUCAUCGACAUCUCCGAGCCUCAACAAAUCACCCCAGACGAACACCCCCAAUACACACUCACCCUCUCAACCGGCCAAACCCUCGUAACCAGCCACGUCAUCAACGCCGUCUCCCGCUUCACCCCGACCGCCCCCUCCUACCUCCCAAACCCCGAGUCCAUCUGCGAUGACCAGGGCUACAUCCGCAUCGAACCAACCCUCCAAUUCGUCGACGACGGCUCCGUCCCCAACGCAGCCGACCACUACGCCGCCGGCGACGUCGCGCGGUGGACGGGUAUCAAGCGCGCGGGGGCCGCCAUGCACCAGGGCCACUAUGCGGCGAGGAAUAUCCAUCAGAAGAUGAUGAGUCGAGUGUACGGGACGCCGCCGGAGUUUGUGGAGCUGGCGGAGGUUGAGCCGGGCAUGGGGCUUGCAUUGGGGAAGAGUGCGGUUGGGUAUUUUCCGAGUAUGGGGUUGCAGAGUGGGGAGGAGACGAGGGAGUUGUUUUUCCAGGGGGAUUUGGGGUUUAUGAUUUGCUACAAGUGGAUGCAGCUUGGGACGCCGAUGCCGAAGGCUGUAGGGGUUGAGAAGGAGGCUGAGAAGAUGAUUGAGAAGGUGGUUGAGACGGAGGUCGAGGUCGAAAAGGUGCAGAUUUAG